UCUUAUAUUUCUCACUCAUCUGUGGGUUUUCGUUUUUUUUCCGCUUCUUUCAAUUAAAAAAAAAAAAAAAUAAUAAUGUCAACCAAAGCUCAACAACCAAAGACCUAUCAGUUUAAGCUUGUCCUUCUAGGUGAAUCAGCCGUAGGAAAGUCAAGUUUGGUAAUGCGUUUUGUCAAGGACCAUUUCGAUGAAUAUAGAGAAAGUACUAUUGGUGCUGCUUUCUUGGCACAAACCAUUUCGUUAGAUGAUAACACCACAGUGAAAUUCGAAAUUUGGGAUACAGCAGGUCAGGAAAGAUACAAGAGUUUGGCACCCAUGUAUUAUCGUAAUGCAAACUGUGCUGUUGUAGUUUAUGAUAUCACACAAGCUUCAUCAUUAGAUAAGGCUAAAGCCUGGGUAAAUGAAUUACAACGACAAGCAGAUCCCAAUAUUGUUAUUGCAUUAGCUGGUAAUAAGUGUGAUCUUGAAUCAAGAAGAGCUGUUGAGACAAAGACUGCCCAAGAAUAUGCCGAUGAAGCUGGUUUAUUGUUUUUUGAGACCUCCGCAAAAACCGCAGAUAACGUGAGCCAACUUUUCAAUGCGAUAGCGAGACGUAUGCCUCUUGAUCAACUCGCUGAUAGUUCGCGUGGUAGAAAUAGAGCUGGAUUAAAUCGUGGAGGUGCUGUGGAUUUAGAAAACUCUGGAAAUUCUCCCAAUAAUGGAUGUGCUUGUUAAUUAAUUCCCCCUACCCCCCCCCCCUCCUUUUAUUACCUUUUGUGAUCUGCAAAAUAUAAACAUUUAUCCCAAAAUUAUUCUGCUAGCCAAUCAUGAAC